GAGCUCGGAGGGCCGCGCCCCUCGCUCCGACUCACCGCCCGGAGCCAGACGCCAUGGCGGCCGGGCGGAUCCGGGUGCUGGCGGGCACUGCGCUGCGACGGCCAUCGCCUCGGACUGCAGACUGCGGGCAGCUGCUCAGCUUAGCGCUCUGCUCAGAUUCGGAGGGAGCCCGCGGCGGCUCUACGCCCCGCUCGCAAAGCAGGCCGGAAGGCCUUCCGGGAAGCGAAGCGUUAACUGCGGCCGAGCAGCACAUAGUGGAGCUGCACGCAACCGCCUGCGCGGCUGGCCAGCUAAACUAUGUUGAUCCAGCUACUGGCUAUGUGGUGCUCACGAGGCUGGCCCACUUGCAGAGAGGUGCUUGCUGUGGUUCUGCCUGUAGACAUUGUCCAUAUGGUCAAGUCAAUGUGAAAGAUCCAUCUAAGAAGAAGCAAUUCAAUUCCCAUUUUUAUGUUUGACAGCAAUUUCAUCUCUGUUCUGUGUCAAGUUGAACUUGUGGGUUUUUUUUUAAAUAAAGCUGUUAU